AUGUCUAGCAGUACGCAUUCCGUCCUUGGCGUGGCGGCUGGAUCUCGCGCAAGAAACAGACUUGCUCAAGCUAAGAGUCCAUAUCUUUUACAACAUGCGGAGAAUCCUGUGGACUGGUACGAAUGGUGCUCAGAGGCGUUCGAGAAGGCAAAGAAGGAGGAUAAACUGAUAUUCCUCUCGGUUGGUUAUUCAGCAUGUCAUUGGUGCCAUGUCCUCGCACAUGAGUCCUUCGAGGAUGAGGUUACAGCCAAGAUGAUGAACGAGUAUUAUGUGAAUAUCAAAGUCGACCGCGAGGAACGACCAGACGUUGAUCGACUCUAUAUGACCUUCUUGCAAGCCACCACUGGGGGCGGUGGUUGGCCAAUGUCAGUUUGGCUGACUCCUGAUCUCCAUCCUUUCUUUGCUGGCACCUACUUCCCUCCGGGUCAAUUUCGACAAGUCAUGAUGAAGCUCGCUGAUUUGUGGGAAACCGAUCCCAACCGCUGCAAGGCGGCUGGAAAGCAGAUGAUCGAGCAGCUGCGUGAAAUGACAAACGUCCAAUCUGGCUCGCACGACCUACCCAUUACCUCUCUUGCCUCCUCAAUUUACUCACGUCUUGCGAAGCGCUUCGAUCCGAAAUACGGAGGGUUUGGUGGCGCGCCGAAAUUCCCGCAACCGGCGCAGACAACACACUUCCUCGCACGCUAUGCGGCAUUGAACCUGGACCGCAUAGCUGGCUCUGCAGAUGCAGAGCAUGCCAGAGACAUGGCCGUCUACACGCUCGUCCAAAUUUAUAAUGGCGGUAUCCAUGACGUAGUUGGUGGUGGUUUUGCGAGGUACUCCGUCGAUGAAAAGUGGCAUGUCCCGCACUUCGAGAAGAUGUUGUAUGACCAGGGACAAUUACUAGCAUCCGCCGUAGAGCUUGCUCUUAUAUUACCCGAGUCUUCCCCGUCUCGCGGGGUGCUAACCGACUUUGCUCGAUCAAUCUUAAAGUACCUACCGCGCCAUCUCACCAGCCCUGACGGUGGCUUCUACAGCGCAGAGGACGCUGAUUCCCUGCCAACUCCUCAGAGCAAGCAUACGAAGGAGGGCGCAUUCUACACGUGGACUGCGCAGGAGUUGAGAGAUGUUCUGGGUGCGGAUUCUGAGAUCCUUGAGUGGGUGUAUGGCGUUAAAAUGGACGGGAACUGUGACCCCGCGCACGACAUCCAAGGCGAGCUGACUGGUCAGAAUGUGCUGUAUGUAGCCCAUGAAGUGGAUGAGGCCGCGAAUAAGUUCGGACGACCGGUCGAGAUUUUGCAGCAGCUUCUUCAACAAUGCCUGGAGAAGCUGCGAUUGUAUAGAGAAGAGAAACGGCCGCGACCUCACCUUGACGAUAAGAUAUUGACGGCGUGGAAUGGAUUAAUGAUCUCUGGGCUUGCGAAAGCAUCUGAACUUCUUCGGGGUGAGGAGGCCAUACAAGCUCUCUCUUUGGCGGCGAAGUCAACUGCGUUCUUGCGGAGUCACGUAUACAGUGAAGCGAGCGGAGAGCUUGUACGCAGCUGGAGGGAGGGUCCGGGCCCCAAAGGCCAGGCUGACGAUUAUGCCUUCUUGAUUCAAGGGUUGUUGGACUUGCACGAAGCCAGCGGGAAGGAGGAAUACAUCACAUGGGCCGUGCGUCUGCAAGAGAAACAAGACGAGCUCUUCUUUGAUAAGGAGGGAGGAGGUUAUUUUGCAUCUGCACCUGACGAACAUAUCAUCCUCAGAAUGAAGGAUGCACAGGACGGUGCGGAGCCAAGUGCAGUAUCCGUAACGUUGUCCAACCUACUGCGUCUGGCGCACUUUGCCGAGGACAGACAUAAAGAGUAUCAGGAGAAAGCUAACAGUGUGCUGGCAGCCAACGCGCAAUUGCUGGGAGCGGCGCCAUUCGCACUAGCUACGAUGGUCAGCGCUGCCAUGCUUACGGAGAGAGGAUUGAAGCAGUUUGUUUUGACCGAGACUCCUAGUGCACCUCGCCAAUCCCCCUUCCUCGACGUCAUUCGCGAGCGCUUCAUACCAAAUCGUGUUCUCAUUCAUAUUGACCCGGCCCAUCCCCCUCGAAAUCUUGCUCGGGCCAACGCGACCCUGCGUACACUGAUCGAAGAUCUCGACAAGAACAAAGGAGUCGACGUGGCGACCACUGUGCCAAGUGUACACAUCUGCGAGAACUUCACAUGUGGGUUGCCCAUCAAGAGUGUGGAGAAACUAAAAUCUAUCUUGUGA